AUGUCGAGCGGUGCUGCUCAUUCCGCCCUCACUGAGGAGGAUGUCAUGAAGCUUUUGGCCACCCAGGCCCAUUUGGGAUCCACCAACUUGAACUUCCAAAUGCAGCAAUAUGUCUACAAGAGACGUUUCGAUGGACCAAACAUCAUCAACGUCAAGAAGACCUGGGAGAAGCUUCUUCUUGCUGCUCGUGCUAUCGCCGCUGUUGAGAACCCAGCUGACGUCGUCGUUGUUUCGGCUAGACCAUACGCCCAGCGUGCUCUUCUCAAGUUCGCUGCUCAUACUGGAGCUACCGCCAUCUUCGGACGUUUCUCUCCAGGAUGCCUUACCAACCAGAUCCAAAAGACUUUCAAGGAGCCAAGACUUCUUGUCAUCUCCGACCCAAGAAUCGACCACCAGGCUGUUACCGAGGCUUCGUACGUCGGAGUUCCAGUCAUCUCUUUCGUCAACACCGAGUCCCCACUCAAGUUGAUCGAUAUUGGAGUCCCAUGCAACAACAAGGGAGAACGCUCCAUUGGACUUAUGUGGUGGAUGCUCGCCCGUGAGAUCCUUAUUCUUCGCGGAAAGAUCUCUCGCCAAACCGGAUUUGUCCUCGACGGAAAGGAGAUCAUGCCAGAUCUCUACUUCUACCGUGACCCAACUGAGACUGAGAAGGAGGAGACCGGAGCUCACGCCGAGGUUGCCGAGACUCAAGAAUUCCAACAACAACCAGACAUUGACUUCACCGCUCAAGGAGGAAAGGUUGAGGAUUGGGCCGCUGAGACUGCCACCUGGACUAAUGAAGGAAAGACCGCUGCCGACGAAUGGGCAACCGGAGCUCAAACCCAGUCUAACUGGUAA